AUGUCUUUGACUUCUUCCCACAGAGGGGACACUUGUCCUGCCUGUAAGGGACCCCUGGAAGAUGCAGUGACUGGCACCUGUGGACACACCUUCUGCCAACCGUGCCUCCCCCACCCUUCUCAGAUGGGAGCCCAUUCCUCCAGCAGAGUCCUGCUUUGUCCCCUCUGCCAGGAGAAGGAAGAAAAGGAAGCUCUCCUGGUCCCUGUGCCCCUGGGACCUCUGGGGGAGACUUACUGCGAGGAGCAUGGGGAGAAGAUUUACUUUUUCUGUGAGAACGAUGCUGAGUUACUCUGUGUGUUCUGCCGAGAAGGGCCCUCCCACCAGGCCCACACUGUGGGCUUCCUGGAUGAGGCCAUUCAGCCCUACCGGGAUCGUCUCAGGAGUCGACUGGAGGCUCUGAGCAUGGAGAAAGAUGAGAUAGAAGAUAUAAAGAGUCGGGAGGACCAGAAACUCCACGUGCUUCUGAAACAGAUUGAGAGCAAGAAGCAGCAGGUGGAAGCAGCUUUUGAGAAGUUGAAGGAAGAGCUUAGAAACCAGCAGCAUCUCCUAUUGGCCAGAUUGAAAGAGCUGGAGCAGCAGAUUCAGAAAGAGAGGGACGAGUACAUCUCGAAGGUCUCUGAGGAGGUCACCCGACUUGGAGUCCAGGUCAAGGAGCUGGAGGACAAGUGUCAGCAACCAGCAAGUGAGCUUCUACAAGAUGUCAGAGUCAACCAGAACAGAUGUGAGAUGAAGACUUUUAUGAGUCCAGAGGCCAUUUCUCCUGACCUUGUCAAGAAAAUCCGAAAUCUCCAUAGGAAAAUACUCGCCUUACCAGAGAUGAUGAGGACCUUCUCAGAAAACUUGGUGCAUCAUCUGGAAUCAGAUUCAGGGGUCGAAGUCACUCUGGACCCUCAGACCGCAAGUCGGAGCCUGAUCCUCUCUGAGAACAGGAUGUCGGUGCGGUACACCCGGCAGAAGAAGAAUUUGCCCGACAGCCCCCUGCGCUUCGAGGGUCUCCCAGUGGUGCUGGGCUCCCCCGGUUUCUGCUCCGGGCGACACCGCUGGCAGGUGGAGGUGCAGCUGGGUGACGGCGGCGGCUGCAGCGUGGGGGUGGCCGGGGAGGAGGUGAAGAGGAAGGGUGAGCGGGGCUUGAGUGCCAAGGAAGGCGUGUGGGCAGUGAUCCUGUCGCAGCAGCAGAGCUGGGCCAGCACCUCCCCCGGCACCGACCUGCAGCUCCCGGAGAUCCCGCGCAGCGUGGGCGUCGCCCUGGACUACGAGGCAGGCCAGCUGGUGCUGCUCAACGCCCGCACGCAGGAGCCCAUCUUCACCUUCAGCGCCGCCUUCUCCGGAAAGGUCUUUCCUUUCUUCGCCGUCUGGAAAAAAGGUUCCUCCCUGACUUUGAAAGGCUGAGGGUGAAGAGUCUGAAGGGCACUUAUGCGAGUGGAGAAAGCAGCGUCCUGGGAUCCCCACUCUGCUCUUGGCCUGCUGGGUUGCUUUGGAGGAAAUGGGAGCUCAGAGGCGGGACAAGUGUUUCAGAUUGUUUAUACUUUUAAUUUAUCUUAACGUCCUUCAACUAACUCCCUGCCGUCUAAGCCGGGAUCUGUGUACCAAUAAAGACCCAGAAGGAAACCAUACCGUGCCUAGGGCACCAGCAAAACGAAGAGUCAAGAUAAUCAUUACGGGAGAAAACAGAACUUUGUUGAUGUUGCAUUAACUUACCCAGUUGACCUUUUUGCCAAAUUGAAGUGUCAUUGUAUUAUAUAUAGAUUUCAGGUGUGUAUCAUACAUGCAUCACCUUUAUCCUGAUACAUAAAUUCCUCUUCCACCUGUUUUGAUUGUGACACCCACAUUCAGAAGCUGACAUUUUUAUAGGCCUUAGCGUCACUUCUCCAGCCCUUGGGUGGGUAAAUCCAAGUUCCCUUCUUUCCUUUUCUUCCAUUCAGGUCAAUUCUCUUUCUCCUACAGAAUGUCUUCAAUGUUCCACCCACCAGACACCUGCAUUUCAUGUGUCUAAUUCAU